CCGAAAGCAAAAAUUAACCAGAGGAGAAAAAAAGCUCAAACAGGUAGACUGUACAUAUCCGAGGAGCAGACAGAAAUACCGUGAAGAGCAACAGGUGGACCGUAAGAGGAGAGAAACAGCCAUAAUCAUCAGAUCAGUGUCCCAGCAGGCUUUGCAGUUGUCUCCGUGUCCUGGCGCGCGGCUGGAUGUGGUGCUGGGCCGCAGCGGUGGUCCUGGGGCUCGCCUCGUGGGGUCCCGCCUGCGAGGCAUCGCUCCUGGGAGCGGUGGUGACUCUGGAACCUUUAAUCAUGGGGAAGGAGGUAAGGGCACAUACCAGUGUGCUAGCACCGGAGCCAUGUCCAUCCCUGCAGGACAUUGUGUGUGAAGGGACCAACUGCGUCACCCAUAUGACCUCUGACCCCAUCAGCGGGCAGUACCCUGCCCCCGGCUGGUGCCUCCGGCAGUGGCAGAGCGUCGUCCCCUUCAACCACACAUCUCACCAAGCACUGGGGGGCACAGAUGUGAUUUUAUCAUCGUGGGCAGGCCUUUCAGUUCGCCCUGACAACAUGAGACUCAACCAACCACCAAUUGCUGCCCUGCUGCCCCCUCUCAGGGUCAGUGUAAACUGUUUACAGAAGUUUUACCUGAGCGUGCUAGACCUGGAUGGGGAUCGUGUUCGCUGUCGCUAUGGGGACGCAGAGCGGAAGGAGUGUCUAAGCUGCUUCAGGCACAAAUUCCUGCAGCUGGACGAGGAAAAUUGUGUGCUGGUUUAUGACGGUCUUGGAGAGGCAGGCCAGUACAUUGUGGAACUGAUGGUGGAGGAUUUUCUCAGAAAUGAGGUUAAUGGGAUGAGCAAUGCCCUGAGCUCCACCCCGCUGCAACUGUCAAUCACAGUGGAAGGGGCAUCAGCAGACUGCCAGGCAUUGCCCACAUUCACAGGAAGGACACCAGAAAGAGGAACCAAAUUUACAAUCCUGCCUUACGAGGAACUCGACAUCACAGUUGAAACUCAGUCGCCUUCAGAAAUGAUAUCAGAGAUAGCCGUUGUUGGUCCUCCAGGGCUUUUAAUGGCAGAAUUGAGAAAAGAGGAGUCAGGAUCUUUUGCGUCAAUCAACUUGGCGUGGUUGAGAAACCCCAGUGAUCUUCCUCAGCUGCUGUCCAUCUGUUUCACCGCCAACACUCAGAGCUUGCAGUCUGAGAUCAGAUGUGUAUGGAUCAAACAAAAAACAAUUGACUCUUCACCCCCUGGGACAGUUCUACAGUGUCGGGACGGGACGAUGACUUUUUCUUUCCCGAUCUCGUCCGUACCCGACCUCGUGCUCUCAGACCUUAAGCUCAACAACCCGUCCUGCCCCAUCUCGUAUAACAACACCCACGUGAUGGGGGACAUCCCCUUGCAAGGCUGCGGCACCAAACUUGAGCAAUCGGGCUCGGAGCUGGUUUACACCAACACCCUGCAGACGCUGCUGCCCGACUCGCCCAUCAUCAGGGCGCCCACUCUGGUGCUGAGGCUGUCCUGCCGUUUCCCGGCUGCCCGCAUCGGCGGGCCGCACUUCAAGAUGUCCCCCACCAACGAAGAGGAGGUGUUCGGUGUGCCCGAAUUCUGGCUGGAAUUCUUCCCACCGGGCCUCGGGCCCGAGUCCGGCGUGACACAGAGCCCGAUCGUCCAGCGCACUGACAAGAUAGACUUGUACAUCUUCUCCAACACCAGCGUGGCUCGUGCCGAGCUCCAGGUGUCCAGCUGCGUGCAGUCACCGACCAUGGAGUUUAAGGCGACACAGUCUUUCCUUAAUGCUGGUUGCGUGGAAAAUGAUGUGUUGCCGCAAGAUCACGAGGAAAGCCACCGAGUGGCGGUCUUCCGGCUUGAUCUAAGCAAAAUGAAUAUUCAACAUGAUAUCAUGUACGUUAGGUGUCAGGUGGUUUUAUGCGUAGCCCUGCGGCCCUCUGAAUCGUGUCCGAGCCUCUGCAGGAAUCUUCAAAGGAAGGCGGUACAGCCUGCCUUGUAUACCAAAGAGUAUACUGUCACAUCUGACCCACUCCACCUAGAAGGCAGAGCAAUAACCAUCCCCAUCUCCACCACCACGUCCGUCCCAAUAUUAUUAUUAUUGAAUCGUGCUCGUCCAGAGAGCAGUUUCCUGGUCGUGGGCGUGGCUAUGGGAGUUGUCCGUAUGCUUUUUCAAACUCUCCUUCUCUAAUGCUCACAUUAUCAUCAUCAUCACAUCUCAUUCACAUGUUCCAGCACUGGGUGGAUGAAGGCAAGACUCCUUCUCAUGAAUCAUCUUUUUUUUUCGGUCAAAUAGUGUAAACUUGCUAAUGCCACGAUUCGGCACAAAGAGCAAUUGAGUAAAACAAUUUGCUUUCAUCCAGUGCCUUUGGAAUUGGAGGUUAAGGUUCCCACAGACGUGUAAUUCUAAUUAUGUUGUAUAAAUAAUUCCCUUGUUAAGAAUAAGAGUAUAAUACACUGUACAUCAUUGCAUAUAAUGAUAUUUAAGGAUCAGUAAUGUGGGUCUUGUUUUAUGCAAUAAAUCUAUAUCAAUAUGCAUCCUUUUCUAUGACAAUAAAGGCCAAAUCCACAAAUGCA